AUUUCAAAUCGCCCCCCAGAGUGGGGUUCGUUCGAGUUGUACACGACCAGCAGCAUGACGAAAAUGGCAAAUUAUGUCGACGCGUCAAUGGCAGCAGAUAUACGUGCAGCAGUCCAAGAAUGCUCAGAAAGGGGUCUUUACAAGGCGGCUCAAUGGGCAGCAGAUUUGUUGUUGACAAUCCCAGAAGCAAAACGGAAUGCACAACUUCCUGCAAUCGAAACGACAUUUUCCACAACUACACCGGCGAGGAACACUGCUAAUGCGUCGACGUCUUUCAUGGAAUCUCCAACGAAAUUGCCUCCUCGCCAUCCUCAUGCAGCUUCGCUCAAAUCCUUACCACCGGAGUUGCUGCAACACGAGCUUCAACUAGAAGCUCUGGAGGAGGACGAAAUUGCGAUGGCGCGUGCAUGGAUGGAUACAAGAGAAUACACGAGAAUCGCCCCAGCCCUGAGGAAUUGCCGGAGCUCAAAGGCCCGCUUUUUGGAGAUAUAUAGUAGAUAUGCGCAUAAUAACAGUCCCACCGUGCUGCGCGAGCUCCUUCGACUUGUCCGUGGUACGGCUGAUCCCUGGCUCCUAUUUCUUAAGGGUUUAUUCCUCAAACAUCUCGGUAGACGAGAGGAAGCUGCUGAAAGCGCCAUCCUUUCCAUCGCCGGAUUUCUGUGGAACUGGUCUGCUUGGGAGCUAUUGAGGAGUUGCAUAUCUGAUAACGAACAGAUGUCCGCACUCAUACAAUUGCUGCCCGUACCUGAGAAUCACCCAUUGACGCAGAUGUUCCAAAUAAAAACUAUGUCCGACUUACAAUUAGCUUCGGACCAUGAAAUGUCCCUAUCAGCCAAGCUCUUGGAGCCCAAUUGCUUUCCCAAGAACGACUUUCUCUACGGUCUUCGGGGAUGUAUCAUGUACAAUAACCACGAUAUGGGUGCAGCCGUUGUGGAGUUUGAGCGAAUGCUAGAGCUGGAUCCUUGGCACAUUGAAUACGUUGACGUAUAUUCUUUUGCGCUACACGUGAACGAAGGGACAAGGAAACUUUCAAGACUUAGCCGCGAGUACCUCCUCCUUAACAAAGAUCACCCGGAAGUCGCUUGCUUCGUCGGCAACUAUUACUCUGUCCGCUCGUAUCAUACAGAUGCUAUCAAGUAUUUCAAGCGUGCCGUUGAUUUGGAUCCAACAUAUGAUACUGCCCUCACCCUCAUGGGGCAUGAAUACAUCGAGAUGAAGAACGCGCAGGCUGCCAUCACUGCAUAUCGCCAGACUUUAGAUAUUCGACGAGACGAUCAUCGUGCAUGGUACGGUUUAGGGCAAGCCUACGAACUAUUGAGCAUGCACAACAACGCAUUACAUUACUUCUUGCAUGCGACAUCAAUAGUACCUUACGAUAUGCGUAUGUGGCAAGCAGCAGGUCAUUGCUACGAAGUACUCGGAAGAAUCCGCCAAGCUAUCGAAUGCUAUAAACGGUCUCUUAUUUCAGCCGAUCCCCGCGAGACUAAUGUAAAACUAAACCUUGCGAGAUUAUACUACAAGCUUGGCGAGAAGAUGGAGAGCGUGUCUUUUCAUCGUCGGAUAAUUGAAAUCAGCCAAGCAGAACAAAGGGAUGUUGCAGAUUAUGCCAAGUCUUGCAUUGAAGUAGCUGCAUAUCAAAUGGACAUUCCGGAUGGUGAUCUGAACUUGGCGCGGGAAUACCUUUCGUCGGUGGCAGCCAGCAACUCCGAGGAUGUGGUUCGGGCGACAAACAUGUUGAAAAGGAUUCCACAGCUUAUCGCGAAGCAAACGGCGGCGCGAGAAGCUGACGUAGUGGAGGCUUAGUAUCAUGGAAAUAUAGCUACUUGUUAUUUAGCUAGCUAGAAAACAUGAGAUAAUUCGAUGUGGUUAAAUGUAGCUUAGCCUGGAACCUGCCCUUAACAUGAG